AAUUCAGUUUUGAGAUAGUCACUGGUCAAGUCUUGUAGGCAUAGUUCUGUACCAGUUAUCAAAGACAAAAUAAAAAUUCAAAUUUAGAAAAUUAUACAACUUAAAAUGGCUAAGGCAUUAAAAGCUUCAUUUUUAAUGUUAUGUGUUCUUUGUUCAUUGCAAAUGGUUCCAGCAGAAUCUUGUGGUGGUGAUGAAAAUGCGGUCUCGGGUUGUGGAAUGGGCUGUGUGAAGAAAUGUUCGAACUAUUGGAGAAAAGAUAUAGCGUGCACAGCAAAUUGUGAAUUAAAUGGCUGCAGUUGUAAAGCCGAUUAUGUUUACGAUGAGAAUAUUAAGAAAUGCGUUAAAAUCGAGCAGUGCUCUCCAGUAUGUGGUCAAAACGAGAAGUUUUCUACCUGUACUAACGGUGGGUGUUAUGGCGCUCGCAACUGUUCUGAAGACAUAAACACGCCUGUAAAGUGUGUGAAAAUUGCCGCUGACGCUUGCGAGAUAGGUUGCAUCUGUGAAGAAGGCUAUCUAAGAAACGCAAACGGUGUAUGUGUAGCAAUGAAUGAAUGCUCCGGCAAUACAGAAUCUUGUGAUGGAGAUGAGAAUGCGUUCUCCAGUUGUGGAAUGGGCUGUGUGAAGAAAUGCUCGAACUAUUGGAGAGACGAUAUAAUGUGCACAGCAGAUUGCGAAUUGGGCGCAUGCACUUGCAAAGACGAUUUCGUUUAUGAUGAGAAUAUUAAUAAAUGUGUCCCCUACUGGCAGUGCACUCCAUUGUGCGGUCAAAACGAGAAGUUCUCAAACUGCACAGCCAACGGUUGCUUUAGUCGUCGCAACUGUUCUGAUCCAAUAGAUACUCCUAGGAAAUGUGUGAAAAUAUCCGAAGAUGCAUGCGAAAAAGGUUGCAUUUGUGAAGAAGGUUAUUUAAGAAACAAAAAUGGUGUAUGUGUACCAGAGGAUGAAUGCGCUGCCAAUGAGCAAUGCGACGGAGUUAAUGUGUUUUACGACACUUGCCCUCCCAACAACUGUGAACCUGAAACCUGUGUUACUCUUGAAAAACCUAUUGAAAAUUGCCCAAUACAACCCGCUGUCUGCAGACCAAGGUGCCGUUGUGCCAAGGGAUUUUACCAGAACACAGCAGGAGAAUGCAUCGCUGAGAAAUAUUGUCCUAAAUCCUGUCCCGAAAACGAAUAUUGGAAUGGCUGUUACAAUGGUGGAUGCUUUGGACCCCGAAAAUGUGCAGAAAAACAUCGAGGAAAAGUUUGUGUCCGUUUAAUUGAUGGUGCCUGUAAAGGAGCUUGUCUGUGUAAAGGCGAUUUAUUAAGAAACGAUGAAGGAAAAUGUGUUAAACGAUCUGAAUGUCCAACUAUCCAAGACGAAUAAUAAAGAUCAGAAUAGGUAAGCUUUCUGUGCAAUCAUCAAGGAACAAGAAAUGAAAAAUCAAAAUUAGAAGACGCUUAGGUAAUGUGCACAUCACAUUACGCUUUUGGAAAAUCAUUACGUGAAAUAAACUAUCCUUUCUAACA